AAUUUCGCCGAUACUGCACAGACAGACGUUUAUUUUCUAUUCUUCGUUUCACCUUAGUACACCUUAGUUAGUACUUCCCCUUCUGUGAUGUCGCCAAGAUGGCGAUGAUUGAGGGUGAUUAGGGGUCCAUCGCUGCGCACUCACCAUUUGGGUUGUGUUGAGUGCUACAUCCUGCAUACUGACUGUAAGUAUGGAAGCGAGCGAAGUGAGACACAGCUGCGGUUUUGCCUCCUAGCCUGCGGGAUGCAUUGUGGUCAUCUACCACAUGUAGCUGCAUCCACACUUCAAAGAAAGCGGCGCAGUACCGCCUUUAGCAGACGGGUGGUGCUGCCACACCACGCCAUCUCUCCGGCCUUGUGCUGCUCCCCGACUUCCCGCUGGCAUGUCUCCCUCUCCUUGUCUCCUCUCUUCCCGAUGGCCGUCGUCUCUCUCCGCAUACGUCUCUCUCUCUCUCUCAGCAUCUCCCUUCCCCGCCCCCCCCUUUCCUCCUCUAGAAACGACCCCCUGUGCACACUCCCCCUCCUCGGCGCCAUCACCGUGCUCCUCUCUGGGAUUAAAUUUGGUUGCAGCCAGCUGCUUGAGCUGCAGCUGAGGAGCACAAGGAGGACUCGGUGAAGAAGAAGAAAAGAGGAGGAGGUGCUGGCGAGGAUAGAGGACGUCUGGGAAGACGCUCGGGGUGUCUGUGGAUGUAUACCUGGAUUAUUUUUUGUAUAGAUCAAGAUCCGGGCUGGAUGCAAAUGAGGCGGAGUUGUUGACAAGGACCUGCGGCACUACCUCAACCUGCGUUUCUCCAAAGGCUCUGUGGAUCACGACCACCAGCAGAUCAUCCGAGACAACCUAUACCUGCGCACCAUUCCUUGUACCACCAGGCAGCCCAAGGAGGGGGAGGUGCCUGGGGUGGACUACAACUUUGUGACUGUGGAACGUUUUAUGGAAUUGGAGCAAAGCGGAGCCUUGCUAGAGAGUGGAACCUAUGAAGAUAACUUCUACGGGACACCCAAGCCUCCAGCAGAACCGUCCCCAGCAGCCCCUCCCCUUAAUGUGAGUGAGGCCCUGCUGCCCGGAGCCCGGCCCAGUGCCCAGGGCAAGAGGAAGAGGAACCAGUCAGUAAGCAACAUGGAGCAGCGUGCCAGCUUGGAGCCCCCAGAGGAGGAGGAAGAGGAGAGCCCCGUCGUCAAUGGCAACGGAGUGGCCAUUACGCCAGAGUCCAGUGAACAUGAGGACAAGAGCACCGAUGCGUCAGGGGAGGUUGCUGUGGAAACUUGUAGCCAGGCCGCAGUCACCAGUGAGGCCCCCACCGAUGUAGAGGAGGGCCCCAAAUCACCCUCCAAGUCCCCCAGCAAAAUCCCUGAUGUGGACGAGGAAGAGCUGGGUCCAUUGCCCGACAACUGGGAGAUGGCGUACACGGAGAAGGGGGAAGUCUACUUCAUUGAUCACAACACCAAGACCACCUCCUGGCUGGAUCCUCGGCUGGCAAAGAAAGCAAAACCUCCAGAAGAAUGCAGAGAAGACGAGCUGCCCUACGGCUGGGAGAAGAUCGAUGACCCCAUCUAUGGCAGCUACUAUGUGGAUCACAUCAAUCGCAGGACUCAGUUUGAGAAUCCAGUCCUUGAAGCUAAGAGGCGCCUGGAGCAGCAAAGGCAGAUGCAGAGUCAAGGCCUCUCUGCCCUCCCGCUGCCCACCAUAUACAGAGAAAAGCCGCUGUUCACCAGGGACCCAACCCAGCUGAAGGGUACCUUUCUGUCCACGGGCCUGCAGAAGAGCAACAUGGGCUUUGGCUUCACAAUAAUCGGAGGCGAUGAGCCUGACGAGUUCCUGCAAGUGAAGAGCGUCAUACCAGAGGGACCUGCGGCUCAGGAUGGAAAGAUGGACACAGGUGACGUUAUCGUGUAUGUGAACGACAUCUGCGUGCUGGGAACCACUCACGCUGAUGUGGUCAAGCUCUUCCAGUCGGUACCGAUCGGUCAGAGUGUCACCCUUGUACUUUGUCGAGGCUACCCUCUGCCCUUCGACCCCGAGGACCCCAAUGCUGCAAGCACCUCCAUGACUCCCAUCGGGAUGGAGCACCGCCCCCUUGUGGUGAAUGGCCGUAGCAGCUACGAUCCUUACCUGGAGUAUUUGUCUCUCAGCUCCCAGCUUCCUGCUCAAGCUCUGGCCCAAGCCGUUGUCUCCCACCCUGGGGACACGCACCUGGAUGGCUCCUCCUUGCCGCCCACCACCCCUGGCUCGUCGUCGGCACUCACGCCUCAUGAUGACAACGUAUCCAUGGCCUCGUCGGGGGCUGCAGGCAUUGCCGGGGCAACAGCACAAACAGCUGAGCUCCUGACGGUUACCAUGGUGAAAGGAGUGGAGGGCUUUGGGUUCACCAUUGCAGACAGUCCCACUGGUCAGCGAGUCAAACAGGUGCUGGACCCGGGCUCACAGGGGGCGUCGGGUCUGGUCGAGGGCGACCUGAUCCUGGAGGUGAACCAACAGCCGGUGGCGGCGGCAGGACAUGGACGAGUGGUGGAGAUGCUGAAAGAGUGUCCAGUUGGAGCUGAAGCCACUUUGCUCAUUCAGAGAGCAGCAACAGGCCACAUCUCUCCAUGGAAGGCCUCCAAACAGUUACCAGACCAGUGGGACCCACAUGGAAGCCCCCAAGCCAACCUGUCAGGCCCAGUCCUGCCUCCAGGCACGCCCUUCCCGAAUCAGCCCCAGCAUCGCACGUCCGUUCCCGACUCCACUGAAGGCUUCGACCUUAACAAGCCCGACCCUUACGACCUUUAUGAGAAGUCCAGGGCUAUCUACGAGAGCCGACGUCCUGAAUACGAAGAGGUGGAGGUGCACCUUCUGAGGGAAAAGACCGGCUUUGGCUUCCGCAUCCUGGGUGGAGACGAGGCCGUGCAGGCUGUGAGUCCGGACGCCCGUGACAAGAUUGUUAUCGGUGCCAUCAUCGAAAACACCCCCGCCGAGCGUGACGGGCGACUCCGGCCCGGUGACGAGCUCAUCUCUGUGGAUAAAAAUGUGGUUGCCGGGAAACCGCACAAGUAUGUCAUUGACCUGAUGCACGCCGCUGCUCGCAACGGCCAAGUCAGCUUGACUGUGAGGAGGAGGGUGCAAAUGCUCGGUGAGGCGUGCCCCGUGAACGGCCGCAGCCCCAGCUUGGUGUCUACUCAGCACAGCUCGCCACGAAGCGAUGCACCUUCGGGCCCACCUGUGGUUUCCGUGGCGUUGGCCGGUUCUCACCAGGAAGGCUCAGCCCUGCAGACCAGCGACGUGGUCAUUCAUCGCAAAGAAAAUGAGGGCUUUGGCUUUGUCAUCAUCAGCUCUCUGAACAGGCCUGAGAACGCCGCUGUCAUCACUGUGCCCCAUAAAAUAGGCCGUAUAAUCGAGGGCAGCCCGGCAGACAGAUGUGGCAAGUUGAAAGUGGGCGACCGCAUCCUGGCCGUGAACGGACAAUCCAUCAUCAGCAUGCCUCACGCUGACAUCGUCAAGCUCAUCAAAGACGCUGGCCUCACAGUCACACUGCACAUCAUCCCAGAGGAAGGGUCCCAGUCUGGGCCCGGUUCAGAGAAGCAGAGCCCCAUGACCCAGAAACAUGGUGCCCAGCCCAGCCCCGUAGCCCUGACCGGUUCAGGAGUAGCCCCGCACCCUGGCCAGGUGGCCUCUCAGCCGGGUCAACUGACGCUUCAGACGGGCCAGCAGGCAUCCACCCAGCCCGCUCAGACACCAGUGCAGACAAGCCAAAUCCUCAUUUGUCCUCCUGCGUCGGCGGCAUCGCACUCGACACCUGCUGGAACCCAGCAGAGCCCCGUCACACAUCCCUCUGGACCUCCGCCUCAGCUCUAUCUCCACGAUGGCAGGUCAGAGGUUAAAGCCAGACAGGAUGUCAAACCUGACUUCCGCCAUCCUCCGUUCACUGAUUACAGGCAACCUCCAGUAGACUACCGUCACCCACCGGUGACCGACUACCGUCAGCCCCCGACGCUGGACUACCGGCACCCACCUGGCCUGCUGGACUUCCGACAGCACCCUGCGGCCGCACAGUUCCCCCUGAGCAUCACUGCAGACUUUAGACCACAGGACUUUGAUUACUUCACAGUGGAGCUGGAGAAAAGUUCCAAAGGUUUCGGUUUCAGUAUCCGUGGGGGCAGAGAGUACAAGAUGGACCUAUUUGUGUUACGCCUUGCAGAGGACGGCCCCGCCAUACGUAAUGGGAGGAUGAGGGUGGGGGAUCAGAUCAUAGAGAUUAAUGGGGACAGCACCCGGGACAUGACUCACGCCCGAGCCAUUGAGCUCAUCAAGGCCGGGGGCAGGCGGGUCAGACUGCUGCUAAAAAGAGGCACGGGACAGGUGCCUGAAUAUGACUGUGUCAGCCCCUGGGAUGCCCUUUCUACAAUCCACUCUACCCUGCAGGAAGUGACCCUGGAAGCCCACCAGAGUCCAUUGCCUUCAUCCCAUCCGGCCGCAUCCCUGGAUUCCCCUCAUCAGCUCCCUCUAGAGGCCACAGCGUGCAUGACGGCGGACACAGCUCUGCAAGUGACAGAUCACAGCUCCUCAACUCGAGGGGCCGCAGGUGGCAGGUCCACCCAGCAGAAGUCCACCAUCAGGGGGUCUGCAGAGCCGUCGGACAGGCAGCCUCGGGUUUUGCCUCCUAAAGCUGUCCUGGGGAGGCCUGCUGACAUAAGAGAGCGACAGAGGGACGCUUGCUCCCCCUGCUGUGACAGAAAGGGUAUGAACACCCAGGUGGUGGGCACUCUCUGGCCUUGGGACCCUUAUGUGAACGUCACUUCCAACGGAGCCCCUCUGGCUGCUGGAGAUGUGAGCCUCCAGGAGAGGCUGCUGUCCAGAGGCGUUUACCACAGAGAGGAGGAGCGGCCCGGUGGCCACGUCGGGUUCUGCUGCCCCUCUACAAGCGGAGAAGAACCACCUGCAAGGAGUGCGGGUACUUGGAACAUGCCUGGGCCAGAUAAGCUGCCUGGCACCCUGAGGUCCUGGACCUCCACUGUCAGCAGAUAGAAAGGAUCCUGUGGACAAAGCUUACCUAUUUCCUCUCCAUCCACUCAUUCAUUCAUUCAUGAGAUGAUUAUUACACCCACCACCUUAAAGAGCAGAACUCUCACAGCUGUUGUAACAUAGAGCGUAGACCCCGAUGGAGACCAGAUAAGACUUUUGGUGGACACGCCUCCAAGUAUAUACUGUAAAGAUGUCAACAAUAUGUACAUGUGGUGUUUUAUUCAAAGAAAAAGAAGAAGAAGAAGAAGAAGCGGAGAAACACCAUAACGUAGGAUCCAAUUCUCCUACCUGGGCCUCCGCAACAUAUCAGACAUGUCACCAAGAUGGCGACCCCCUACAGGAGGUUUUGUGCAUGACAUCCGAAAACAAGCGGACCACUUCUGGGUUUUUUUCCUAUGAAACUGAAGUCGGUAAGAACACACACCUCUGAGUUAUGUACACAACUCAAUCAUAACCAUGCAGUCAUUGUGCACUAUUAUUAUUAUUAUUAUAAACCUGUCUUGUAUUCAUUUAAAGCUCCAACAACAGAAAGCAUCGUCCAGGUCUAUAUUCCUCAUUUCUAUGCCUUUUUAACUGUGCUAUGUGUACCACACCACUGUGGGAGAGGGGCAUCAGUAAGUGUGAGGAAGAUGAUGGACAGGGGAGGGCGGAGUGCCUUACUCAAAACUAAUUUGGGAGUUUUUGACAGCGACACAUAUCAGCAACGCCUCUACAGUGCAGUACGACGUCACUAAAGCUAGUGUACAGCGUCUUAUGUCAGUGUUGUUGUAGCAUUACCUUUCAUUCUUAUAAUAUUCAUGAUUAACAUUCUUGGUGCUUUUUUAUUUGACAAUUUCACUUCCUAGGUGGACUGUUAAUAAUAAAUGUAACAUGGCGACAAUAGGACAUGACACCAUGUUGGACUUGUUGGGACCCUGAUUUGCUCCACUAUCUUAAUUCUUCAUUGUACAUUAGCAGUAUUGUAAAAAUACAGCAAAAUUAGGUUCUUCAUAGAAAAGCUUAAAAGGAAAGCUUUUUGUGGCGGUUAUUCCAAAAGGGGCCUCAACAAGGUCUGAAAAACUUUUUAAAUUUAGUUAACUUCUUUUUACACUUCUAACCCUCUAAGUUAAAACAAUGCAUGGGACGACUCGCCUUUUCAUUACAUGAGUGAGUUAAGAAUGUUAACAUGUUAGAUGUUUGUUACGUCUACGUCUGUUGGUUACGUCUACAGUUAAUAGCGGUGUUAUGAUGGUGACAGUUUGACCCAGGAACGGAUCUUUUUCCAUUAUUUCUAAUGGGAGCAUUUUAAAUCCAAACUAAAGCUUAAAAACAAAACAAGCAGUACUACAUCAACAAGGUUAAGCUUUUUUUUAGCUUUAAUUUUUACUACAGUGCUUAACUUAUUUUACACAUUUAUGAUAGUUAUGAAGGUAAAAAAAACUUAACUCUUCCUUGCUUCAAAGUGAAAGUUUGUGUUCCCCCUUAGAGGUUGUGCUUGUUGUUUUUAUCACAUUUACCAAAACACUAAUUAAACUGCAGUCAAAGUAUUUUGUUUGUUGAGAUUUUGGAUGUGCCUGAACGCAGCAUGUUUAUCUGAGAUAAAAAGUGUAAAAAGUCUUUGGCCAAUAUCAGUGUUUUGAUGAUUAUUUUCAAUUGAAGUAAUUUCUGCUUAAUUUUUAAGUGUCAGCCUUAUUGUUAGUUAACGAUUUCAGUGCAUGCUCAACAACCAUGGACUAUGGAAUAAACAAAUUAACAAAAAUGUAGUGUCAAAGUGGAGGUUACCUUAAAAACUUGAUGGCCCAAGACUUUUGCACAACUGUGUUCGCUAGACUGAUCUUCACGCAUAUCAUGUCUCAGUUGGACAAAGCUGGUUUGUGACGCGCAUUAAGAAGUUAUUAGGCUGUUUGCAAAGGUAUGGACAAAAGGUCAAAUGUGAGAAAAUGUCCUCCAUCUCCACACACACACCUUUGCCCGGCCUCCCUGCCUGUUGUGAGUCAUUUUAUAAACUGUAAAGGAAAAAAGAAAAAACCUGUGAAGAGCAAUGGCCAUUCCCAACCUGCAUUGAGAUCAAGCAUCCAUGUGUUGGUGUUGCUUCACCUUGUACAGCUGUAUUCCUACAAAUAUGGUUUACUGUAUCAUUGAUACUGUAGUUUCAAAGACAUUAACUAUUUUUAUGAAAUGCGACAGUACUGAUAUAUUACAUUUUGCUAUGAAAAAAAUGUUUAAAAAAACAAACCACAAAAAAAAAAAAACUUGUUUACCGAAAGAUAUUCUGAAAUACUGUCAAAUAAAGUCUUGACAUGGUGGAUGAGAGAUUGUUUACUUGUCAUGAUGAUACAGACGAUAUCGAACAAAGAAUGAAGAUUUGAUUUAAUAAACAUUUACACAUAGGCACCUUUUGUGUGUGUGUGGUAUUAGUUUGUAUUCCACCUUCAAACAUUGUCAGUUUGCUUUGCUUGUGAAUUGUUUUGGGGUUUUUUUGUUAGUUUUUUUCCCCCAAAGGGCACAUUCAUGACGGCGAUGUCAGGUGACU